AUGCUCCAGUGGCGCUGCACAUACGCGGCCGGGGACUCAGUGGCCGUGGGCUUCACGCCGGCUAGCGUCGACGGCCACCACUCCAUAUCCUGUGGACCGCUCAGCGCCGACGGCCACUACUCCACAUCAGGCGGCUUCGAGCCCAGUUUUGGCAACAACUCGGGAUCGACCUCCAGCGAGGUCCAGAGCGACAAUUUCAGCAGCUCCAGCGAGCAGCACGAGUUCGAGCAGCAGUGCACCUUUCUCGGCAGCGACGACGACCUCUACGCAGCGAAGGCCAGCGUCAUGGCGAAAGCAGGCUACUACAUGGUGGACCUGCUCGAGGACCUGGGUGACCAGACGAAAGGCGCGGAGUUCGACUUCGAGUGCGAGCCGGUCGACGUCAGGGAGUUCGUGGACGGCGACAGGAGCGGCUCAGAAUGGAUAAAGCAGAGGCGGCGAUUUUCACCAGACCUGGAGGAGGAGUCUUCAGGCACGCUACCCGAUCCUGGACUGAGCAGCGCGGUACCAGUACCGGACCUCGACGACGUGGACGACGAUUUCGCAGCUCUACAGCUGAUGGUCACCAGUCAGGACCUGCCAUUCGGCUGGGAGUUCGACGGCACGGAGGCGAAGCUCAGCGACAUCUUCGUGGACAUCAGCACGAGGAACAUGACGCCCCACGAGCGCGCGGCGCUCACGCAGGGCAAGCGGAAGGAGCUGACGGAGUUCUUCGGCAAUGACGUCUGGGAGUUUCACAAGCCCACCGGCGAGGAGGACCCUCGGCGGAUGCUCGAGGCGAAGUGGGUGCUCAAGUGGACGAAGAACGACGACGGCACACAACGUGCCAAGGCGCGGCUGGUUCUGCAAGGCUUCAACGACCCCGACGCACUCGGCGGCGCAGUACCCAAAGACGCGGCAGAGCUCACGGGCGUCGAGCCGGACACCCUGAUGAAGCUCAUCAAGCCCAUGUACGGCCAGGUGGACGCACCAAGGCGUUGGUGGCUACGUGCGGUGGACGACCUGAAGGCCAGCGGUCUCAAGCAGCAUCCCCUGGACCCCUGCAUGUUCCUCAGCUUCGACGAGGACGGCAACUGCGACGGGUUCAUUCCACUUGAUGUGGACGAUAUGCUGGGAGGUGGAGAUCGGCGGCCGGGCAGUAACCACAGUCGGGUUCUCGCCGAGGUGAAGCGGAAGUUCAAGUUCAGAAAAUGGAUCGAGGACGACAGGGCCGACUACUGCGGCAGCGACGUGAAGAUGGCGACCUACGCGAAGAACCUGAAGCCCAUCACGAUCGACCAGAAGAGCAGCGACAACACGAGGGAGCUCACGAUCAAGGAGAAGCGGCAGCUACGAGCGAACAAGACGCUGCGGUUCUACAGGCAGAACUCGGGCGUCGGGCUCAAGAUGAAGAAGAUCGGCCAGGUGUGCGACAUAGUGUUCGUAGCUAUGACGGACGCGGCCUGGCAGCAGCAGCGGGCAUGGGCGGCCAGGGAGUUUGCGAAGCGAUCCAGGGCAGCUAUGAUCUACGACGGCGUGGGCAUCACGAUGGACGAGAGCACUCACAUGGCAGGUGAGUCGGCGUUGGUCGUGGACGCGAAGGCGCUCUACGACGCGGCCCAGACGGAGGGCAUCACCAGCUUCCAGGACAAGCGGGCCAGCAUCGAGGUGCUAGCGCUGCGCGAGAGGACGGCGGCUACGAUGACACGCUGGAGGCGGGUAUCUUCAGUGAGGCAGUACGCGGACGGGCUUGCGAAGAUCGCGGCGAGGCAGCUCCCUGCCGACCGUUUGCGAUAUGGGGGGCUACAGCUGAAGAGCGACCCGACCUACACGGUGGCGAAGAAGAAGAAGAAGACCAUGGAGGAGCGACAGGAGAGCAUAGAUCAGACGAGGCUGGUGACAUCGGCGGCGACGCGGAAGGCGACGACCCCAUUCAUGCAGUUGGCAAUGUUCGCAAUUUGCUGUUGCAGAUCGGCGGCCUGCUCAGGCUACGACGCGAAGGGCGAGGACGACGGCUGCGGCAUUGUGGUCUGGUUCGCCAUGUUUGUCCUACUUAUCGGGUUAAUGCGAGCCUGCCCGGUUGCAUCCUACCUGAUCAAGACAAAGGAGGCCGAGUGCAAGUGCAAGACGGAACUGGCGGUUCCACGGGCGAAGGCCGAGAUGGAGCGCAUCGAGAAGGAGCGCCAGCCGAAGGGGCCGCCAAGAGACGAGCGGGGCGGCUCGUCGGGCGAUGCGCACAUGGCCAGGUCGGUGGGAGUGCAGAGCAUGACGACGUACAAGCUCAGCGGAGACGUCUGGAAGCUUCAGCAUGAGACCCCAGGGUUUCGCAGAGCGGGCGAGGUGACGACCGAGCCAGAGGCGACGAGAACGAUGGCGGGGCACAGCUGGAAUGUCAUAAAGGCCAUCGCCAUCACCACGCUGACGCCGCUGACCACCAUCCACUGGAAGGGAAGGAGAGGUGAUGUCAAGUACUUGUCGGCCCUUGCGGGCGCGUUCGAAGAACGGACCCGGAGGCCCAGAGCCCUCGGCGACAAUCUGGCCACGAAUUCCGACGCCGCAGAGCUUGGCCGGUUCCGAAAUCAAAUUCGCGAAGAAAGCAGCGAUGGGUUCAGGGCGCGCGCUGCGCAUAAGUUGCGCGCCCAUGGCGCAGCGGCAGUAAUGAUCCAGUACUCGCCGGCUGCGCACUGCAAGCAGGGCUUCUCGCGCCUCGUCCGCGGGGAUGUCGAUGUUGUAGCUUUGUUAUUGCGCAAGCUCGGUUUCCAGCCACAUGUUGCGGACGCGGUCGCUGCAUCCCGUCUUAUGGGAAUGCUCGUCUGGCAUGAGAUCCGCCCGUUCACGGUGGUCCACGCUGUCGGGGGCCUCAGGAGAGGCCUUCUCCUGGUCAAUUUGCGCAGCGCGUGGGCCUUCGACAUCGGGGGCGAGCGCCUGCUGGCGGCGGAGCUCCUUGAUGGCAGGGGGCUCCCGGAGACGCCGAUUCUCGGAGCAGGUGCGCUGGUCGCAGGUGGCCUCCUGCAUUUUCGUGGCGAUGACAUUGAAGUCAGCGACAGUCUCGAUCUGCACGUCGCCCAUGAUUAUGUUGCGGGCUACGGAGAGGGCAGCCAGAAAGUCGUUGCAAGUCCACGCGGCGCGCGGUCGUCGCGUGAAUCGCCGGCCCGCGCAAGGGCAUCUGGCGAUGAGGGCAAGGUGAUCGAGCGGAACAUCUUCAGGCGAGAGAACGAGAGUCUAAGCAUUGGUCGAGAACAGCUCGUUCACCAGUAUGCCGGGCAAGACGACCAGGUGCGCGCGGCAAGCCUUGCCGUUGUCAUCGACAGAGCGCAGAGCGUGGAGCCGGGUCUUACGCACAAGAACGCAGAAAUCCGCUUCCGCCGCGAAGCCACUUUCUCGUUGCAGCUGCGCGCAGCGAGUCUCAAGCUCCACUGCUGGCGCAUCGACCCCAAGGUUGGCGACGUAGGCCACGACGCGCUGCUCGUAGGGCACCUCGCCAUUUGCAUGUGGAGCGGCUGCCAGCUGCGCUUCAACCUGACGAGCGUGGAGAUGUUGCAGAAUGCCAGCGAUGCCUCCGGGCCCAACGCCGAGUCCAUGGGCGUCUUCGAGGCCAUGUACGACGACAGCCCGAACUUCCAACUCCAGAUUAAGGAGGCCGGCAGCCGCGAGAAGUGGACGGAGAUCCGCGACAGGCGCGAGGCCGAGCGGCAGCGGCUCGAGGCGCAGCGCCUCGGCCGCAUGUCGGCGCCCGAG